AUGGAAAAAUACAUCAAAGGAGGGUAUUCUGAAUCAACGAGCUUGUACCUGUUUGCGUCUUUGCUACCGUUCAUCCAAAUCCAUUCACAUUCUCUCUCCAUCUCUAUCAAACCUCGCAAGAAAAGAAUUCUUUAUUCUUUAGUUCUUCAACAUGUUCAAGAUCCCAGAUCACCAAGUUGCAGGACACGCGGCAGGAGCUGGUAA